ACGAGGAUCUCAUAUAUAACUAAAAAUUUAGUGAUCGAUCAAAAAAGUUAUAAGCAAAAUCUUAUAUAUUUUAAAUUUUUCUAUUUGUUGUCCAUUCAUAUAAAUUAUAAAAUGACUUGAAACUAAUAAAAAUGAAAUAAUAUAUUAAUUAAAUAUGAACUUAUAUACUUAUGAAUAUUUAUACAUGUGCAAGGGCACGUAAAAACUACCUAGUUACCUAGUAAAUAUAUAAGAAAUAUAACAUAUUAUUAUACUUUUUAAUUAUAAAACGUUUUGUGGGAAUUGUUUAUAUUGAAGCAUCCAUCGUCACAUUUAACUGAACGAAACAGAGAAUUCAACUCCUGAAACCAAGGUCCAAUGUCCAUUUCCUUGGCAUAUUUCAUAUUUGGCAAAACACAUUUUCCCUAAACUAUUCAACAUCCACAAAUCACCACCACCACCAACAAACAAAAUCCAAAACAAGAUCAAAGAAAUACAAAAAAAAAAUCAAGAAAUUAAGAAGAAGAAAAUCUUAUAACUAUCUUGUUUUGAAUCUUAUUGAAGACGAAAGAGAAAAAAUGGCAACAAUGAAAAUACCAAUGACGGUACCUUCUCCUCGAGUCGAUGCCGAGCAGCUCUUUAAGGCCUUCAAAGGAAGAGGUUGCGAUGCUUCGGUAAUAAUCAACAUCUUAGCUCACCGCAAUGCAAUGCAACGAGCUCUCAUCGAACAAGAAUACGAAACAAAGUUCUCAGACGACCUUCGCAAACGUCUCCAAUCCGAGCUUCACGGUCAUCUCAAGAAAGCCCUUCUUCUGUGGAUGCCUGAAGCAGUAGAGCGAGACGCUUCAAUACUGAAACAAGCACUGAGAGGAGCCGUGACUGAUCACAAAGCGGUCGCUGAGAUUAUAUGUACACGCUCUGGCUCUCAGCUUCGUCAGAUCAAACAGGUUUACUUAAACACUUUUGGUGUCAGGGUCGAACAAGACGUUGAAUCUGAAGCUUCUGGAAAUCACAAAAGAGUUUUGCUCGCUUAUUUGAACACUACACGGUAUGAAGGACCAGAGAUCGAUGACAAGAUCGUAGAGAAUGACGCUAGGGUUCUCAAGAAGGCGGUUGCGAGGAAGCACAAGUCUGAUGACCAGACACUGAUUCAGAUUUUCACAGACCGAAGCAGGACUCACCUGGUCGCUCUUAGAUCUACCUACCGUUCGAUGUUCGGCAAAGAACUUGGAAAGGCCAUUAGGGAUGAGACACGUGGGAACUUCGAGCAUGUCCUUCUGACGAUCUUACAGUGUGCUGAAAACUCUUCUUUCUAUUUCGCAAAGGCGCUGAGAAAAUCGGUGAAAGGGUUAGGAACAGAUGACACGGCGUUGAUUAGAAUGGUGGUGACAAGAGCAGAGGUUGAUAUGCAUUACAUUGUUUCAGAGUAUCGCAAGAGAUACAAGAAGACUUUGUACAAUGCUGUUCAGUCUGAUACAAGUGGUCACUACAAAACUUUUCUCCUCUCUCUUCUUGGCCCCAACGUUUGAUCUUAUGUAUCUAUAUAUAUAUACCCAAACCUUCACAUUCAUUCUUGGAGUAUUUUUUUAUAUAUCUAUAUAUCAUUCAAUAAUUCUUGUAAAAAUAUCUUGAAAGGAAGAUAUAAUAUGUUCAACAAAGAGCAAUUGAAAAGCUAUGUUUUGCAGAAUAGAGUAAUCA